AUGUCUCAGAAGCCAGUCCUCGUCGAGACCGCCUCCCUCCACGGCAAGGUCGCCCUCAUCACUGGUGCCGGCCGUGGCAUUGGCAGAGGAUGUGCCAUUGAGCUGGGCAAGCGCGGUGCGAGCGUCGUCGUCAACUACGCCAACAGCAAGUCGGCCGCCGACGAGGUCUGCAAGAUCAUCGAGAGCUCUGGCACCGGCGCCAAGUCCAUCAGCAUCCAGGCCGAUGUGAGCAAGAAGUCUGAGAUCGAGCGCCUCUUCCAGGAGACCAAGAAGCACUUUGGCAAGAUCGACAUCGUCAUGAGCAACAGCGGUACCGAGUCCUGGGACAAGACUGAGGAGAUCAGCGAGGAGAAGUACGACCACGUCUUCAACCUCAAUGCUCGUGCGCAGUUCUUUGUUGGCCAGACUGCGUGGAAGUACCUCGAGAACAACGGCCGUCUUAUCCUGAUGAGCUCCAUUGCUGCUGGUCUCCUUGGUGUCAAGGACCACGUCCUUUACAACGCAUCCAAGAUGGCUGUCAUUGGUAUGAUCAAGGGUUUCGCCACUGACUUUGGUGUCCGCGGUAUCACCGUCAACGGUGUUGCACCAGGUGGUAUCAAGUCGGACAUGUUCACCCAGAACGCAUGGCACUACAUUCCCGGCGCAACUCCAGACUGGCCAGCCGACAAGAUCGAGGGCAUGAUGGCUGAGCACUGCCCAUUGAAGCGUUGUGCUACUCCAGAGGAUGUCGCCCGCGUUGUUGCUUUCCUUGCCUCUGAGGACGGUGGCUGGGUCAACGGCCAAGUCAUCACCAUCUCCGGCGGCUCUUCCCAGUAA